GCAAUAAAGUUACUAAUGUCUAUUUUGCAGAGGCAGUUGCAGGGUGGACUACCAACAUUAAAGGAACUUGUACAAUCUGGUCAGUUAACUCCUGGAAAGUUAGUCCUGUCCUGUUAUGCAAAGGGAAGAACUCACAGAGCCUCACUUACACCUUUAGGUAAAAUUCGAACACAAGAAGGUUUUGUGUUUGUCACUGCCUCUCAGUGGGUAUCAACACUGACAGAGCCAGUAUCUGUAAAGAAAAAGAAAGCCUAUGAGAUGGUAUUGUAUAAGGGGAGGUCACUGUUAUCAAUCUGUUUGAACUGUCAUUAUAAUGCCUUGCCAAAUGAGCGACCAACAAACACAGCACCUGUCAGUACAAUCAUGGUUGAUAUAACAAAAUCAUUCACUGAACAAGGCACACAGGUUAAAGAUACAGAUAUCUUGGAAUUGUUACCACAAAAGACAGAAUGUGAAAUAAGGUUAAAUUCAUUGCUGUCAAAUUGUGUGGUUAGGUUAUUAACUGAACAAGAUUUCGUUUCUUGUGAUGAUUUACCAGAUAACUUUUGGAGAGAGGAUUUCUCCAAAGUGAGAUUACCUAAAGAUAUAUGGGACACUGUUGAUUCUUGGUGAAAUCAUAAAAUGUUUGAAGAUUUGUUUGUGG